AUGGUAAUAGAAGAGAAAUGCUGUCACCGCGCCGAGGCGAGUGAACCAGUAUUGCGCUGUAUAAGAGUUGCGCAAGCGCAGCCCGAGAAAGUGCGAGUAAAAGUUGACGCAACCCACGUCACACGCCGCUCGCCUCGCCACGUCACACAUAUACAUAGCUCAUUUAUAAUAGCGUUCGUGUAUAUGUGUGUGUGUGUAUGUGUGUGUAGUUAUGUAUACGUACAUAAGUGUCAUGCACUGACGACACUGGAUUACAAUCGAACGUGUUAUACAAUGCCUUUAAUAAUAAACUAUGUUACGAAGACGUUGCCACACGUAAGAACAUUGAGGGUACGUUUUCAUAACACUUAUUGA